UCAACAUUGAACCUCUCCAAGUGUGCAGGUUUAGCUGUCAGCUACAAACGCUGCUAAACUGUCAAAACAACCCUCGUAGUCCAGUACGACUUUUCAACUAAAAGCAAUACGAGUGCGCGCGUCACUCAAGAGAGCGUAACUCGAAAGACAAGGGCCUCGGCGAAUAGAAACGCAGGAUUUAGAAAACGGUGAGCCUUGGCACCCGCAACGACCAAUCAGCAUCUAGUAUCCGGUGUCGGUUUGUUUUGUCCGCCAGCAUAGCUAGCAAAGCGGGUGGGGGUCAAAGAUAGGCAGAGACGGGCUGCUGGUGGCGAAGAUGGCGGAUGGGGACAGUGGAAGUGAGCGUGGAGGUAGUAGCAGCGGCGGCGGCGGAGGAGGAGGAGGAGGUGGGGGAGGCAGCGGCGGUGGCUUCCAGCAUUACCAGCGGGAGCCUGAAACCCAGGAGCUGGCCUCGAAGCGUCUGGACAUUCAGAACAAACGCUUUUACCUUGACGUGAAGCAGAACGCCAAAGGCCGGUUCAUCAAAAUAGCCGAGGUCGGGGCAGGGGGCUCCAAGAGUCGGCUGACGCUCUCCAUGUCGGUGGCGGCCGAAUUCCGUGACUACCUCGGGGAUUUCAUCGAGCACUACGCCCAGCUGGGGCCUAGCACUCCGGAGCAGAUCGCCCAGUCGGCGGGUGGCGAUGACAGCGGGCCUCGACGGGCCUUAAAGAGCGAGUUCUUGGUGCGAGAGAACCGCAAAUACUACCUCGAUUUGAAGGAGAACCAGCGGGGUCGCUUCCUUCGCAUCCGCCAAACGGUCAACCGAGGCCCGGGCUUUGGUGCCGGCGCGGGAGGAAUGCCCGGUGCCGGCAUGCAGGCCGGCCAGACCAUCGCGCUGCCAGCCCAGGGCUUGAUAGAGUUCCGCGACGCUUUGGCCAAGUUGAUCGACGACUACGGCGGCGAUGACGACGAGCUGGCCGGCGGUGGUGCAGGCGGGGCGAUGGGCUACGGUGAGCUCCCGGAGGGUACCUCCAUUAUGGUGGACUCGAAGCGCUUUUUUUUUGACGUGGGCUCCAACAAGUACGGCGUAUUCUUGCGGGUGAGCGAGGUGAAGCCCAGCUACAGGAACUCCAUCACAAUACCCUUCAAGGCUUGGGCCAAGUUCGGUGGCGCGUUCAGCCGCUACGCCGAGGAAAUGAAGGAGAUCCAGGAGCGCCACCGGGACAAGGGCUUCGAACGCCGGGCUGCGGAGGAAUCCGAAGGUGAAGACGUGGAUGACGACUGACGGACGACCCACGGAUAACUGUGUUUGGUUUUAUGCUCAAGCUAUCAACAAGUCAAGGAUUAGCGAGAUCCAGAGUGAAAAGAGAGACCUUCACGUGCAUGACGAGUCGAACUAUUUUCAAACGCGGAAGUUAAACGAUAAAUGAGAAUAUAGUGUCUAUAUACAUAUAAGGAAAACAAAGUUUAAGUGAAUAUUAUAGGUAUAGGUCUUGUAUGAGAUACCCCCAUUGAUAGAAAUAUAUGCAAAAUAUAUAAAUACGUAUAUAUUGAGUGUACAUUUGAUAGGAGUUCAGCUCAAGACGGACAGAUCAUUACCUUCUGGUUGAGAGCCAAUCAGAAGAGUUCACUUUAAGACCCAGUCAGAAGAGACCCCUUACUCGAGAGCCAAUCAGAGGUCCUCACCUGACUUGUAGUUUGUGUAACACCGGCAACAAACUGGCGGGAAGGUGUUUCAAUUGCACUUCUUGGUUUCGAGCCAAUCAGAAGAGCUCGCCUGAAUUGACAGUUUCUGGACCCAUGGCAUCGGAGGAAUGGCAUCGACUUCGGGGAGAUGGCGUUACGAGCACACUUUUGGAGAAAAGAGGAGUCCAUUUGGACUGAGGAGGCGGCAAAACUUUGGAGUUAAAUUGGCGCAACCCAAUGUUUUUUGUGACGUCCGUUGCUUCUGAUGACAUCACACAAGUCUAGCCCGAUUGGCUUAUCAAAGGGUAUUUUGGAUCUCUACUGGGUCAAAUUAGGUGCUGUAGGGGAAAAACAAAGGUGCUGUACUAAACUAUAAAAGCAUAGAAAAACAAGUAUAGAUACAAUUAUUUUUCAAAAGAGAUGUAUUGAAUUAUAAAAAAAAUGAAAUAACUAUGGAUGAGAUUUGGUCAUACCUGCUUUUUUAAUUUUCCUUAUUUCCCAAAGAGCAGGGUUUCCCAAACUGUGGCUCAGUGAGCCAAUUAAAGUCUUGAAAUGGUUAUGUUGGACUACAAUCACAUAUGUUGUUUAGCAUUAUUUUUACAUGUUAUUACAGAACUACAUGAUGCGUAUUAAGUUUGUUUUACAGCGAGGAACCAUGUUUUAUUUUUGUCCCCUUGGGUUAUUAUGGCAACUUUUUCUUGGAACAUAACUUUUUUUUUUUUUACCCAUAAUAAUUAGCACUUUAUUCUCAUAACACAACUAUUCUCAUAAAAUAUAGAUUUUUUUGAAAAAUUAAGUACAAUUACAGUACUAAUACGAUUCUGCUUAUUUUGAAAAAGAUGCAAAUUAAUCUCAUACUAGCACAGCCUUAUUCUCAUAACAUGACCCCUUAUUUUUUUAGGAAUAAUACGAUCCCCCCCUAUAACUUUUAGGAGCAAAAUACAAUGCGACCUUUAUCACACACAAAAUGGCUUUUUGUGGUCACACCCUUUUCAUUAUAUUUCAACGUCAUUACUCUUUAAGUUUACAACUUGUUUUUCUUUUUUCUAACAUAUGAAAUAAACCGACAACUUUGUUGUACUUUUGACUUUUUAAGAAAAAAAUAUGACUCUUGUUCUAAUGUCACAUUGGCACUCAACACUACAUGCAACCAUACAAAAACAAACUAUUUUUAUUUUUGGUAAAACGUUGGUUUUUAAAUUUUAAGAUAUGUUGUUUUUGUCAAACGAGAUUUUUUUUUUCUUUCUAACCUGCAUUUUGUGUCCUGGGAGAAUUUUUGGUUUUGCUUAUUGUAACAGCAUUCAUGUCUGGUGUGUUCAACACCACUCGUCAUUUUGAGUUUGGGAAACCCUGCCUUGGAGUUGAACAACUUGUUCCUAAAAAAAGUCAAUUUUAGUUUUUGAGCAGCACUCCAGGUCACUUUACAGUUUGUCGCGUCAGGCCUCGUUUGUCACAUUUUUGUCAUCCGUCGGCUUCUCCAAAAAAGCACCACCAUUCGAUUAAUGUUUUCUUCCUUUUAUUUUUGCAUGCCUGCUUUCUUGCUGCCUUGAUGUUGUUGUUUUGAGUGGCGUACAAUAUUUAUCUUUUACUUUGAGAGCGAUUGCAAGCUUUGAUUUGUUGACAUGAGAAAAAAAAAAUGAACAAGCAUCACUGUUGUUGUCCCGCCUCCUUUCUAAACUUUUUUUUUUUUAAACUUCAGCAGAUUGAAAAUGCAAAAUAUCACCUGGAAGCAAUAGUUAUUUCUUUUACACAAGUUUAUAAAUACAAAUCUAUACAUGUAUAUUUAGAGAGAGCUAUUACACACAAGAUUGAAGGACAUAAUUCUUCCUGUAGUGUGUUUUCUGUGAAAUGGCAGCUGUUUUCGCUCAUGUGUGUUCUGCUGUUAAAGUUCUUUUCAUUGACAACUGGUGGUGGUGAUGAUGAAAAUAAAUAAAUAAAAAAGGA